CAGGUCCCAAAUUAGGUCACUGCGAGUAUGUAUUUCACGCUUCGGUCGUUAAGCAUACAGGUGUCCAACCUCCUCUCGUCUGCAGCGGAACCUGGGCGUCCUCACUUUUAAAAACUUGCAGAUUCAAGUUUUCAUGACAUAAUAGGAGAUUAAGAGGAUGGAGACAACAGGAUAACAGCACUGGUGUAGCACAGCACAGCCGGGCUGCGAUGAGGUUCUACCUUAGAAGAGUGGCCGUACUGGUCCUGAGUACGGUCUUGGUGUUAGUCAUGGUCAACUUGUACCUGAGGGAGUCAUGGAGGGCAUUAGAGGUGGACAGGUUGUUUAUACAGGACCACGCCGAGGACGGAGUGAUACGACACAAGUUUCACGAUCAUAUAACAUUCCAGAACGACGAGGAAGGCGGUUCAGAUAAAAAGACGCUCAAUGAGUACACACGCGAAGACAGGGGUAACAAAAUAGACAGUGAUAUAAACAUCAAAUCUCAAGACGACUUUGAUUCAGUCCUUAUACAAAAAAUGUUGAAGAGUCCAAAUCCCUAUGGUCGUAAUUUAGUGAGGAAAGUGUGGUACGAUCCAAAAUACGAUAAUGACCGCAUAGUGGCUCAGUUAGGUUUCGUCCCGGAUCUAGCAAAGAAAAACAAAGGAUCAACAACAAAACUAAAGAAAGUGAUGGUGUACACGGGUCUCCCCGGGGACGUACCUACAGGCCAGAGUAGGCUCAUUAAGGACGAGUGUCCCGUUAAAACGUGCCAUAUGACGGACAACCGCCAGGACGCCGCUGAUGCGGACGCAAUAUUAUUUAUGAAUCAUAUAUCCAGGCCCUGGCACAAAAAGCCACCAAAUCAAGUAUGGAUAGUGUUUUUAUUGGAAUCCCCCUCGCAUACACCUAGUCUUUCGGGCAUGAAGGACAUGAUCAACUGGACAGCUACGUAUAGGCACGACUCAACCAUCGUAGCUCCAUACGAAGUCUACGUGCCUUAUAACGCGUCUGUCUUAAGCAAGCCACUGACUAAGAACUACGCUGCAGGUAAAACAAAAAAGGUGGCUUGGUUCGUUUCCAACUGUGGCGCUAGGAAUGGCAGGAGACAAUACGCAGAAGAACUGGGUAAAUAUAUCCAGGUCGAUAUAUACGGGGCCUGCGGAGACAAACGGUGCCCCAGAUCGGAUAAGAAGUGUUUCGAAAUGUUGGACACAGACUACAAGUUCUACCUGUCCUUUGAAAACUCCAACUGUCGAGAUUAUAUAACUGAAAAAUUCUACGUCAACGGCCUUGGGCAUGACGUUCUUCCCAUAACAAUGGGGGCACACCCGGACGAUUAUAAAAGGGUAGCGCCCCCUCACUCCUACAUCAACGUGGACGACUUCGAAUCGCCCAAAGCUUUGGCCGAAUAUUUACACGAGCUAGACAAGAACGAUGAUCUUUAUAAUGAAUAUUUCCGAUGGAAAGGCACGAUGAGGACGAUCAACACGUAUUUCUGGUGUAGACUGUGUGCCAUGGUCCACGAGGCGGAGAACCACCACACGUGGUAUGAAAACGUGGACGACUGGUGGCGGGGACAGGGCGUGUGUUCUACCGGGAGAUGGAAAGAUGGCAGCUCGUAUCUUUCUAAUAGUCAGAAAGGGUCUUGAGGGUGUAUUUUUCUACACUGCUUGUUUGGUUAAUAUUAUAUCAUAUAUUGGGGGGAAAUCCGUCACUGCCUGUGACUUUCAGUUUCUACUAAGGUGGCAAACCCGGUCUGGAUAUUUGAUGCUUAUUGCAGCAGCGGACCUUGUCAUAUUCAGCGGGUACAUGGUCGGUUACAAUAUGGUCUGCUGACAUAAUAUAGAUCGGUAGAUCGAAUCCGAUUCAGAGGGAUCACAGUAUUGUACUAUUUUUAAGGUAACCAUGGCCAUUGCUUCGCAUUGGCAGGUAGUUUUAUUCAUUCUAUUUAUUUAUUUUACUUUAUCAGGUAUUUGAAUUAAGUUGUGGUCUUGUUUUUAGGAUCUGUAUGCAUUAAGAGGGUGACCAGAUGAAAACUUCAGAACAAAAUUGAUCAGAUUUACCAAUUAUUAUGGCGGGGUCAUAAAGUAGAGGAGUUGUAUUUCCCUCUCCUCUUUGUCCAUAUUUUCAUAUUUCAACUCAGUAUUUAAAAUGCUCACUUCCCGUUUCUCUUUGAGUGUACAUUAUUAUGUUGAUUUUAGAUUAGUUCUCUCAAGGAGAUCAUUCCAAAUAUACGUCAAACCACAAUAUGUCAUGAUUCCAUAUACGUUUCCAAGCGAUAACAGCCAUUAUCUCUAUAUAUUGCUUAAUAUUAUCGGAGUCAAUCUGUCAAACGGAUUAUCUCACAGGUAUGUCUUUGAAUAAUUAAAUGUGAUUACCUUUACAUUCCGAAUGUGUUUAUUAACAUUUGCCUUUACUGAUUAGCCGACACGCAAUGUGUCGUGAGAGGCGAAGGUCAUUUAUUCUCUUCAUAGAAAGUGGGUACUUGAAGAAGCAGUAUCCUUAUAUGUUUUACGACGGUGUGACAGGAAUGGUAGGACUGGGAAUUGAAGUCAGUGGUCUUUCAUGAUUAAUUAAGGCCGUGGUCCUUUAUGAUUACAACAAGGCCGUGGUCCUUAAUGAUUACAACAAGGCCGUGGUCCUUUAUGAUUAAUACAAGGCCGUGGUCCUUUAUGAUUAAUACAAGGCCGUGGUCCUUCAUG